CGCUCACUAGGAACAGUCGCUCGAAUCGCUUCGCUCAUUACAGAAAUUCGAAAAAAACACUAACCAAGUGAAGUAAUAGGAAUUUGUUACGUGCUCUCGAUGCACACACAACCCCGAAAAUCAUAAAUAACCAACACACAACAUAUAUAGUACACACACACCAAAAGUGAGACCAGAACCUAAACGAUGAGCGAUAACAAUCCAUCGGUGCCCUUGGCGGAGUUUGUUAACCCGCCCGAUCCCACGGAGACCGAACCCUUUGUGCCACUGGUGGAGGCCAAAAAAAUGAGCGAUACCCCGCCAGUGGUGGCACCUGCCACGCCCACUGGCAAUGGCACGCCCACCCAGGUGGCCAAUGGUAACUCCACGGUGGCCACGAAACCCGCCACCGAUGACAACAGCAUUUUCUCAGUGUUUUAUACGCUGGGCAAGAAGGUGGCCAUCGUGGGUUCCAUCUACCUGGUGGGUUACAUGGGCUGGUCGGUGGCCUGGCUGAUUGCCCCCGUCAUCCUGUCGGUGGCCCGCGACCAGUUGGCCAAGACCUCGGCGAAGAAGCGGGACAUUGCCAAGGCCUCGGCUCUGGCCUCCGAGAAGGACGUGAUCCUGGCCAGAAUCGACGAGCUGCCCGCCUGGGUCUACUUUCCCGAUGUGGAGCGCUGCGAGUGGCUGAAUAAGAUCCUCAAGCAAGUGUGGCCCAAUGCCAAUCACUUUGCUCGCACUUUGGUGAAGGAAACCAUCGAACCCAAUGUGGCUUUGGCUUUGGCCAACUACAAGAUGAAUGGAUUCCGCUUCGAUCGCAUAAUCCUGGGCACAAUUCCUCCCCGAAUCGGAGGAGUGAAAAUUUACGACAAGAACGUGGAUCGUAAUGAGAUUAUAAUGGACCUGGAUCUGUUCUAUGCCAGUGAUUGCGACAUCAACUUUUACUUGGGUGGAAUGAAGGGUGGCAUCAAGGACUUCCAGAUUCAUGGAUGGGUUCGGGUGGUGAUGAAGCCUCUGAUCCGAUCGAUGCCCCUGGUGGGCGGACUGCAGAUAUUCUUCCUGAACAAUCCCAAUAUCGAUUUCAAUCUGGUUGGUGUGAUUGAUUUCAUGGACAUGCCGGGUUUGAGUGAUUUGCUGAGGAGGAUUAUUGUGGAGCAGAUUGGCAAUGUGAUGGUGUUGCCUAAUAAGUUACCUAUUUCAUUGAGCGAAGAGGUUUCCGCAGUGGCUUUGAAAAUGCCUGAACCAGAGGGCAUCCUGCGCAUUCACGUGGUUGAGGCCAAGGACCUGAUGAAGAAGGACAUUAGUGUUUUGGGUAAGGGCAAGUCCGAUCCUUAUGCCAUCAUCAAUGUGGGUGCCCAGGAGUUCAAGACCCAGAUCAUUGACAACAACGUGAAUCCCAAGUGGGACUUCUGGUGUGAGGCGUGUAUUUUUACCACCAUAGGCCACUAUAUUGGGUUUUCUUUGUGGGACUAUGAUCAGACAAUGCCAGGUGUACAGAGCGAUGAUGUAUUGGGCAGAGCCAGCAUCGAUAUUGCCAGCGUGAUCAAGAAAGGCGUUGUUGAUAGUUGGCUUACUUUGGAAGAUGCCAAGCAUGGACUCCUUCAUGUUCGUUUGCAGUGGUAUAAACUCACUGCCGAUUCCAAUGAUCUGCAACAAAUCCUGUUGGAAACUCAACUGCUACGCGUUACCUCCAUGAGUUCGGCUGUUUUGAGUGUUUUCAUUGACUCCGCCAGGCAUUUGAAGCAAGCUAGAUCCAGCUCCAAGCCAGAUCCUUACCUCGUUUGCAGCGUCAACAAACAAAAACAGCAGACCGCAAUGAUAAUGCGAGAUGAUUCCCCGGUUUGGGAGCAGGGAUUCACUUUCUUGGUCGCCAAUCCCGAUAACGAGAGUCUGAACAUCAAGAUUUACGAUCAAAAGACCGGAAAUGAUAUUGGCCAAUACACCUACACACUGAGCACUUUGCUCAAACAGUUCAACAUGGAGGUCAUCCAACAGCCCUUCCAGCUGCAGAAGUCUGGUCCCGAAUCGAAGCUCUAUAUGUCGCUUUCUUUGCGGAUCCUGAAACCCGGCGAGAUCGACAAGGAGUCGGAUGCUCUGGAACAAGUGGCGGCCCUCACACGCAGCAGUUCUGUAAAGACUCCAGAGGUGGCUGCGGUGACCACACCAGCAUUUAAGGAAUCUCAGGCAUCCAGCAAGCGUUUGUCUGCCGAGUCGCCCAUCAGCGAGGAGGACCCCGCGGUGGCCACGAAAAUCUCCCCAGCCAUGUCGGCCUCCACCUCCAGCGAGAAGCCGAUCAGCGAGCUGGCUGCCUCUGUGCUGACCCACCGCUUUCCGGACACCACGUCUUCGCCCGGUGAGCACGGCCUGGGAAGGAUGCAGCUGUCGAUUAGAUACAGCGCCCAGCGCCAGAAACUGGACGUGACCAUUCACAAGAUCCAGAAGAUACCGCUUCGCGAUCCGAGCAAUAUACCCGAUCCGUAUGUGAAGCUAUACCUGCUGCCGGGUCGAAGCAAGGAGUCCAAACGCAAGACGGGCGUCAUCAAGGACAACUGCAAUCCGGUUUACGAUGCCUCCUUCGAGUACCUGAUUUCCAUAGCCGAACUCAGGCAGACGGAACUCGAGGUGACGGUGUGCACACAAAAGGGAUUCCUAUCCAGCGGCAGUCCCAUCAUUGGCAUGCUGAAAAUAGCCCUGGAUGAUCCGGAAAUCACCACACAAGCUGGCUUGAAUUCGUGGUUCGACUUGCAGCCUGAAAUAAGGCACGAGUAGGGAAACCGGAGUCGAGCGAAUGCGGAGUCUCAUUACAGCACAAUCAACUCAAGAACAACUUAACACUUUUUUACCAAUCGCACUUAAAGCCUUUUGUAUUUGUUAUGUGUAUACUUUACAUGGUUGGCCCCCUAACCAAAACCAAACAAAACUCUCUUAGUCGUGCCUCUAUAUUUAAAACUAUCAAUUUAUGUAGUCAAAUAAAACGAACUGUGUUUUCAACAAAAAA